UUGGCUCCACGCUGAACGGCUCAGAGUAUAUACACAGCUCGCGGCGGGACGAGCCCCACACUGCUGCUGGUGCUCGAAGAGACGAGUUGAGUCAGAGCCGCUCGGCGCUCCUCAUUCACGGACACUUGAGAAAAACACUCUUUGUGAACUGUUACAGGUCCGCACUGAACAAUCGACCGUCGCCGGCUGAAAGACAUGGAAACUACUUUCUAUGACGACUCACUCAACGCUUUCUCCCAGCACGACAACGCCGGGUACGGAUACAGCAACCCCAAAGCCCUGAAACACAACAUGACCCUGAACCUCUCCGACCCGACGGGCACUCUGAAGCCUCACCUCCGCGCCAAGGCCAGCGACAUCCUCACCUCGCCCGACGUGGGCUUGCUGAAGUUGGGCUCGCCGGAGCUGGAGCGGCUCAUCAUCCAGUCCGGCAACGGACUGAUCACCACGACGCCGACCCCGACGCAGUUCCUGUGCCCCAAGAACGUCACCGACGAGCAGGAGGGCUUCGCGGAGGGCUUCGUCCGGGCGCUGGCCGAGCUCCACCACCAGCACAUGCCCGCCCCGGCCAACGUGAGUGUGACCUCGGCUCCUCAGACCAGCGUCAACACCGCGCUGCCGCCCGUCUCCUCUGCUGCCGGCACCGCUGUCUACAGCAACGGCGCCAUGCGCUCCGACUCGCCGGUGUACGAGGACUUGAACACCUUUAACCCGGCCAUCAGCACAGUCUCGGCGCCGAAUUACACCACCUCAGCCCCGACCAUGUCCUUCUCCGCCGCCGCGCCGCAGCUCCCCAUCUACGGCCCGCCCUCCUCCGCUCAGCUGCCCCGGCUCACGGCGCUCAAAGAGGAGCCCCAGACCGUGCCCGAGAUGCCGGGCGAGACCCCUCCGCUCUCCCCGAUUGACAUGGAGAGCCAGGAGCGCAUCAAGGCGGAGCGAAAGAGGAUGAGGAACCGCAUCGCCGCCUCCAAAUGCCGGAAAAGGAAGCUGGAGCGCAUCUCGAGGCUGGAGGACAAGGUGAAGACGCUCAAGUCCCAGAACUCGGAGCUCGCGUCCACCGCCAACCUGUUGCGCGAACAGGUGGCCCAGCUGAAGCAGAAGGUGAUGAACCACGUCAACAGCGGGUGCCAGCUCAUGUUAACGCAGCAGCUCCAGACAUUCUGAGGCGGCGCCGGGAGCGGCGGAGAGCGGAAAGACUGUAGUUGAACGACACGGACGCUUCGUGUCAUAGCGAGGCUCUGUCUCCCGAAAACGUGACUGGAUUUGGGAAGAUGUGGCGCGACACUGGCGGGAUCGCAGCCGAACUCAAGCUCCCGAGUGACCGGUGCGCCCGGUGGCGCGUCCCGGAGCCGGUCUCGGGACAGUGACCGUAGCCGUGAACCAGAGGGGGCACGGCACCGAGCAGGAUACCUUUCUGUUUCUGUUUCAUGCUGAGUUUUUACACAACUGGACAGGACUGAACAUUUCUUGAUUUACAUUCAGCUCUGCAUGGACCUACUCAUGACCAUCUAAGGAGACAUUCAGUAUUAAAAGGAAUUACAAGCCUGCAAUAGAAACUUUUUCUUGUUGUAGCCAUAUUGGUCUCAAACUUGGGUGUGUUGGCCAACACCAAACAGCUGAAAAGUUGUUAAAAAUCCGCCUGAUUUCUGAGUUACAGUACAAUGUACUUCUUUCUUAAUUGUAAGAAAUCAAGUUAGAAAAGCUUCAAGAUUUACUUGUUUUUUUCUAAAGUUGUUUGAUGGGGUUUCACUCAUUGUUAUGUGUAUAUAAGAUCAACCAGGAGUACUUAUGUUUACUAUUUGUAAUAAUACUGUAUAAUUUUUUAUGUUUUGCUUUCUGAGCACUUCAGAAUCUAAUCAAUAUUUAAGGAAAUAAACCCGAUACAAUGAA